AUGGCCGAGGGCUUCGCGCCUUUUCAAAACAAGCUAGAUAUUCAUCGAGGAGGAGCUUGUUUACUUUGUGCUUCUAUCUAGUGAUAAAUAAUGAACCGGAGAAUUUUGAGUUUUGCUCUGACACUAACGUUUUGUUUAUUAGAAAACAUUGCGUGUGUGUUUUCUCAUAUCGGGACUCUUGAUCGCCCUAACGUAGUGUUGAUUUUAGCGGAUGAUCUUGGUUGGGGCGAUGUGAAAGCCAACUGGCCGGGUGACUCGUUGACUCCCAACAUUGACAAAUUGAUCAAUAGAGGAUUAACGAUGACAGACUUCCACGCGGGAGCGUCUGUCUGCUCACCUUCGCGAGCCGCCCUGCUGACGGGACGGCUGGGGCUGCGGACAGGUGUUGUAAGGAACUUUGUGCCCGAGUCAGUUGGUGGCAUUCCAACCAGUGAGACAACUCUGGGUGAAGUUCUUCAGGGUGCAGGGUACAGGACUGCCAUGUUAGGCAAGUGGCACCUGGGCUUAACGCCGGGCCACCAUCCUGUGGACCGAGGCUUCUCUUGCUACCUCGGUGUUCCUUACAGCGUGGACAUGGGCUGCUCUGACGUCCCAGGAGAUAACCUGCCCCAGUGCCAGCCUUGCCUACAUGAUAACAGCAUUCAUCAAUUCUCGGAGCUGAAUACAACAAAGUGCCUAUUUGACUAUAUUGGACUGCCACUUUACUGCAACAAAACUAUAUGUCAUCAGCCAGUUUCUCUUCCAGAACUGUCAAAGGCUUAUGCUUCUUUCGCACAAGAGUUUAUACACAAUAGUGAUGGGAGGCCUUAUUUCCUGUACGCAGCACUGUCUCACGUCCACGUACCGCUCGCCCAUGCAACACAGUUUGAGAAUAUAACUGGCCAUGGGGUGUUUGCAGACACCCUGUAUGAGUUGGACUGGCUUGUCGGCGUGAUACUGUCUGCCGUAGCUACAGCUCCGGGAGGUGACAACACUCUCGUGUGGUUCACCAGUGACAACGGACCGUGGGAAGCCAAGUGUUCCCUUGCGGGCUCCGCUGGGGGCUUCACCGCCAGCUGGCAGAGGACUCUGGGGGGCGGAGGCUCCGGCUCCAAGGCCACUGUUUGGGAAGGUGGCCAUCGAGUUCCCUCCAUCGUGUACUGGCCAGGAGUUGUGCAGGCUGGUGUGAGGUCAGACGCCCUCCUUUCUGCUCUGGACAUCCUUCCUACGCUAUUGAGGAUUACCAAUGCAUCUCUUCCGUUGCACCGCCGCCUUGAUGGGCGAGAUAUGAGCAGCGUGAUUCUGGGUUCCUCAAAUGAUGGCCACCAGGUACUUUUUCAUCCAAAUGGAAAUUUAGAUUUUCUGUGCUCGGAUGUUGGGGCUGUGAGAAUUGGCACUUACAAAGUUGUAUAUUACACAGGUGGUGUCGCAGACUGCAGUGGCAGGGCAGGGCCGCUCCGCCACUACCCAGACGUACCGCUGAUAUUCGACCUGGCUGCUGACCCGACCGAGAGCUCUCCCUUGGACUCCAGCGGAUGGGCAUACCUGUCCAUACAGCAGGCGGCCUCUGAGGCUCUGCUGCAGCUGGAAGUUAGCAUCAGGACGGACAACGUCAGCACUGUCAACUACGGAACCAGCGCGGCUGCGAAACCUUGCUGCUGGGGGGAGAGCCCCAUUUGUCGCUGUCCCUGGGACUGAUCAGCGUAUUUACUCAGCUAAAAGAAGGAAGAGGAAUUAUUGUUUAUACUAUUAUUUGGAAAUAUAUUAAAUGUAGGCAUGCAGAUAAAAUAAAUUUGUAGCAAUACAAAUUUUUAUACUAUUGUUUUAUGUUAGUAAUAGUAGUGACAAAACACACAAAAUCGCAGGUGAAUAAUUAUUACUAGUUUUACUAGCUUAAUGAGACUGCUGACUUCCAUUGUUUAGAAACCCUAAAAUUAAUAUUAUAGAACAAAUUUUUACAAUUUUCAAUUUUAUUAUACGUACAUACACUUUGUUUACCAUUUUAUGAUUUCCCAUUAAGUUCUACAUGCAAAAUUUGAUAAUUCUGAAGUAGCACAUCACUUUUCUAAGGAAAAUAUUUCCAAAGGUUAUUUUUUACUUCUUGGCAUGUUUUUCUUUUAUUCUCUAAUAGGACAUUUUGAUAUUAAUUAAUUUACCAUUUUAACAUCUGGUUGCAUUGAGUUUAUAUACAGGAUAAUUAUAAAGUCCGUGAAACAUUUCAUAAAAUCGGUACAGUGAAAUGGAAAAGAAUAACGUAACAAAUUAUAUAUCGCGUAAAAGAACUCUCAAAGUUUUUUUGAAUGUAGCACCAAAAAUCUAUUUUAAAAAACAACAGACAGGGGUGCUAGUGCAUGUAGUUGCUGAAAAUGGCUGCGAACCAGGCAGAGAAAGCCUUUUGUGUGCUUGAUUGCGCCCGUAGCGAAUCGGUAUUGUGUGCCCAAAGAGCUUUCUGUGGCAAGUUUAACAAAACACCACCAGUUUACAAUAGCAUAAUGAAGUGGUACAAGAAAUUCGAGGAAGACAGCUGUUUGUGCGACGCAAAACGGUCGGGUCGGCCAGGCGUGUCACAACAGACAGUGGAUUGUGUACGGGACGUGAUGGUGCGGAGUCCCAAGAAGUCAACUUAUCGGGCUAGGGCAGAAUUGAACAUCCCUUCUUCAUAAGCGAUUAAGAGUAAAGACGUACAA